AAAUUCGCCUAUUGCACCACUGGAGACCCGGGAGUUUCUGAAAGUCGUCAACAGAACGGAUACUAUUACCGAGACUUUCGUUAUCUCAUAUGAGCUUCAAUCCUCUACCGGAGGACUUUCUCGAAAGCAUCACUCCGUUAUCCGAUACGGAGACCUUCAUUCCCUGGCGCUCUCGUACUGAGCUCGCACUCUGUGCUUAUCACUUGUACACCUAUGUCUCCGAUGACCACGAGACCGAAGAUCGUCGAAGAAAAGCAGCGCUAAAGCCCGUCUUUGCCGAUCUGCAGAACCCAACACCUAAUGAAGCUUCAGCUAUGCAAGAGUGGUAUAUGAAGAAUGCCGAGACCGUUCUCCUUUUGUUACAGCGUCUUUCGCCUACAAUCGAGUGCGAGGUCAUGCAGAAGGCGAGGACCACGCCGGAAAAGCUACCCUCAGCGCGGGACAUCUGGCGGUACCUCGAGCAUAAAUUCGACCGCGUGGACUUCUUCGCAACAUCCCGGCUCCGCCGGGAGCUUCUCAAUCUUCGGAUGAAGAACUCUGCGGAUGCGGGACGAUAUAUAUUAGAGCAUGAGCGGCUCGUCACCGCCCUUUGCAUGAUGCCAGGAUACGUCAUGACGGAGAUAGACGUUGUUUCGUCACUGUUGGAUGGGCUUCCUGAUUACGAGGAAUGGCGCAUGCUAAAGGUUACCCUAUCUCUGUUUUACGAAGAACAGGCGAAGAAGGCUACCCUUCACCCAGUAGGAGAACGACGGGAGAGAAUGCUGGUUUAUAAUCUCACUCCCAGCGGCCCCGUUGAGGAAAUGUAUGGACGCAUUAGAGCCAUGGCCUCAGUCUAUCUUUCUAGUAGAGCGGAGAGGCGCAGAGAACGGCGUAGAAGUUGAAGCACAAGUUUUGGAAAUGUACGCUGUAAUGCUUUUAUACUACAUUGUGACGGUAUUCUACUACUCAGAAUG